CGUAAUAACACACUACACACCUGAUACAAUCCCCGAGUAUUAAGCAAAUGUAACGAUUAUUAACAUUAAUUUUUCCCGUGACGAGCAUAUUAGUACAUCACUAACAUCCUCAUUUUAUUAUAAAAAGAAAAUCAGUGUGUACUUAAUUUUACUUUACAGUGAAAGGAAUAUAGACAAGAUUUGCCCAAAACACAAGAAUAAAAUCCUGAUCAUUGAUUAAUAUUUAAGAAUUGUACCUCCAAAAAAAGAUAAAAACCCAUGAAAAAAGCAAGGAACAUAACAAAUACACGAAUCAUCUUCCCCUCUAACUCUUAACUUAACAUAACAGCUGCACACAACAACAACAACCAUUUUCUACCAAAAACACUUGACUGUCACAGGACCCAGCUGACACUUUCAGAUCUAAAUUAAAGCUUAUCUUCAAUUAAUUUAACUCCAUUUUUAUUAAUUAACUCCAAAAUCCCAUUACAAAGCUGCCAAUUUUUUUGAUGGGUUUUACAGGAUAAUGAUACAGAGUAUUGAGAAAGUGAAUUCCUAAUUUUGUAGUGUGAGUGGUGAAGUGGAUCUGUAAUUAAAUCAUGGGAAGCCAGCAUCUAGUUUUGUGUUUUUUGCUGGCUUGUUUCCCAUCAAUUUUGGCUCAAGAAAUCGCGGGUGCGAAUUUAGGUGUCAAUGGAGGUCAUGUUUUAGCUGAGACAGAUGAAAAAUAUGUCUGUGCUACUAUUGAUUGGUGGCCUCAUAAUAAGUGUAACUAUGAUCAAUGUCCAUGGGGGUACUCUUCGAUCAUGAACCUGAACUUAUCCCAUCCGCUUCUGGCAAAAGCUGUGCAAGCUUUUACCCAUUUGAGGGUGAGACUCGGAGGUUCCUUAGAAGAUCAAGUAGUCUAUGAUGUUCCAAGCUUGAAACUUCCUUGUCAUCCAUUUUGGAAACAACAUGAUGGGUUGUUUGGCUUUUCGAGGGGAUGCCUGCACAUUGGUCGUUGGGAUGCACUAAAUGACUUCUUUAGUAAGACAGGUGCAGUCAUUACCUUUGGCAUUAAUGCACUCUAUGGAAGAAAAAAGUCCAAAAAUGGUGUUUGGGUUGGACCUUGGGACAGUAGCAAUGCAUAUGAUUUUAUGAAGUACACUGUCUCAAAGGGUUACCACAUUGAUUCAUGGGAAUUUGGUAAUGAGCUUAGUGGAAGUGGGGUUGGUGCAAGUGUUGAAGCCACUCGGUAUGGAAAAGACUUGAUCAAACUUAAUGGAAUCAUUAAUGAUCUGUACAAAAAGUCGCCCUCAAAACCUUUACUUCUAGCGCCAGGAGGAUUUUUUAGUGAGAAAUGGUUUGCUGAGCUUCUUAAGGUUACAGGGCCAGGAGUACUUAAUGGUUUAACACAUCAUAUCUACAAUCUGGGUGCAGGUAAUGAUCCGAAUCUUAAGAAAAAGAUUAUGGAUCCUUAUUACUUAAGCAAGAUAUCAGAAACAUUCAGUGCUCUAAAUAAAACAAUCCAUGAGCACGGUCCUUGGGCUCAUGCAUGGGUUGGUGAAGCUGGUGGUGCUUAUAACAGCGGAGGUCAUCUUGUUUCUGAUGCUUUUAUUGAUAGCUUUUGGUACUUAGAUCAGCUUGGACUAGCUGCCACUUACAACACCAAAGUUUACUGCCGGCAGACAUUGAUUGGUGGAAAUUAUGGCCUCCUGGAUAAAACCACCUUUGUCCCUAAUCCAGAUUACUAUAGUGCACUUUUGUGGAACCGUUUAAUGGGAAAGAAGGUCCUUUCUGUAGAUAAAGCUACUUCACCUUACUUGCGUUCGUAUGCCCAUUGCACAAAAGGAAGGGCAGGUAUAACGCUACUCUUGAUCAAUCUAAGCAAGAAGACCAGUUUCAUUGUGAAACUGCAAAACACAAUGAACAAAGACUUGCAUAUAUCCGAUGACAUAACCUUCCAAGAAGGUUCUUUCACACGUGGCCUUAAGAGGACGGUUUCUUGGGUUGGAAGUAAAGCUUCAUCAAAUGGACAAUUGCAUCGAGAGGAAUACCAUUUGUCACCCAAAGAAGGGCGCUUGCAGAGCCAAACUAUGGUACUGAAUGGGAAACCUUUGCAGCUAUCAGAACACGGUGACAUUCCUAGACUGGAACCUGCGCUUGUUCAUGUAUAUUCUCCUCUUUAUAUCUCCCCCUCGUCUAUUUCCUUCAUAGUCUUUCCCAACUUUGAUGCUCCAGCAUGCAAGUGAUGAUUCUUUUUAUUUUUAUUCUUGAUUUGGUCGCUUAAAGAAGUGACCUGCCUUUAGUAUGAUUAAGAUUAGAUUCUCUCUGAUCUGAGCUGCUGUAAUUAUUGACAAUCACAUUUUUUAGAGAAUAAUUAAAGCUGAAAUUUACGGAUUUUGUGUUCGUUCUUUGGUUUAUUACAAUGCU